AUUCUAUAAAAUCAAUUUGUGUUUUAGGUGGCCAAGUGGGUACGUGAGAAAAUGUGUUCAGAAGGAACAAAGCAUUUCUUUGACGUCUGGCAUAUUGGGAAAAGUGUACAGAAAGCACUGGAUGCUGCUGCAAAAGAGAGGGACUGUGAGGAUCUGAAGCUGUGGAGGCCUGCCAUUAUCAACCAUCUCUACUGGACCGCAGCUUCCACCCCUACAGGAGAUCCAGAUGAGAUGCAGGCAAAAUGGCAGAGUAUGAUAAAUCAUGUACAGGACAUACAUGAACACAGCUCUCCAGCAUUUACCAGCUGCGCACAUCCACCGUUGGAAGGAGAGGCAAGAAACAAGGAGUGGCUGGAACCAGGAUCACCAGCAGCCACUAAACUGGAGAGUGUAGCUGCCAGGAAAGCACUGGUAAAGGAUAUUCGACAAUUGUCACCUCAGCAUCAGACAUUCUCCCUGGAGGCCUACCAUUCCCUUAUUCUGCACUUUGCUCCCAAACACACUGGCUUUUCUUUUCUUGGGAUGUACAGCAGACUUCUCUUGGCAGCCCUACAUUUCAAUAGUAAUGGCAACAGAGAUGUAGCGCGAACUAGUGAGGGUGAGGUACGCUACGCUGUUCGCUACCCACAGUUUCGGAAAGGUGGCUGGGUAGUCCACCCCACCAAGGAGAAACCAUCUUACGGAUACGCAACAAAUCUUAUGGUCUCUCUGGUAGAGGAAUACUGCAAGUCACCACAGGCCCUACAAGAAAGCAGUGCCGUCUUGUCCUCUGCUGCAUCGCCCCCCCUCACCUCUUCCGUCCAGAAGGUUGCCAAGGAUGAGGCAGUCAGCCUCCAUCUCGCACGACACUCACGUUUUAACAUGUAA